UGUUGACUGUGUUGUGGAUAACAUGUAGCACUAAAUGCGAAGAUGGCAUGAUUUUUUAUAAAGACCGUAUAAGAAAUGUAGUAAAGCUGCACCUAACAGGAGCCAAGGAUUGAUCAUGUAGCCUACAUAUGAUGGAAGCGGAUCAUUGGCGUGAAGGGCCAAAUUGAUCUUGAAUCAAUUUGAAUGGGGAGAUCGGAGGAGUCCCUAUAAGAUGACACGCACAGAUCCCCCUGAUAUAUUGGUAUCUACUCUGUAUCGGGACAUCAAACUAAAUCCCAUCACUGGGCACUCCAUUUCGCUCAGCCCCUUCCAACAAUGUGACUCGCAAAUGAUUGACAAACUGGAGCGACACACGGAAACCAUUAACAAAAGACACUGCCGUAGCUUUGACUACCUUGAGUCAUUGGACGACCCACAGCCCUUUUCUGCCUCAAUGGAGUAUCCUUACAAGAGGACUGAGCAUCAGAGGGUGCAUAAAGAGGUGACCUGGAAUGGCCUGGAUCAUCCAGGACACCUCCGUUUCUCGUCCCCUGAUCUGUUCAACACUAGACUACACCCACCACAGCAUGCCAACCCAGACAAAACCAGUCAGGCCACGAGGUCAGAUUCAAAGAAGAGGACAAGAUCAAAAAGUGCUCCCAGAGUCAAGACCACCCUUACCCCUGUGCCUAUGUCAGUCUCCCCACCGGUAACCAGGAGAGGACGAGAUGUUCCACAGGCUGUACCAAACCCCCCUCUAAGGACAUCUGAACCACACCGGGACUCUUACUCCUCUAACCAAGCUUUUUCGAACGAAGUACACCCUAUAAAACUGCAACCACACUCUCCCCUCUACGUCUCAGACUGUUUCUCUGAGGAGAGCAAACAGGAUGAGCCAGCCAUCACUCCUCAUGUCAGGUGCCGUGUGGAUAUCAAGCCAGAUGCAGCGGUCCUGCAGCACACAGCCAGGAGGUCUCAGAGCAUGAGGACUGAACAUCCCUGGCAGAGAUACUCCUACUUCAGUCAGAGCAGAGGUCUGUCUGUGCCACGGCAGGUACGGACACCCACACCAAACGACUGUUACAGUGGCGAUUAUAGACAAACAUAUCAGUACACUACCUGCGGGCCCCCCAGCUACAUCCAGCCAGUAGACAUGCGAAGGGUGCCCUCCACUAUAAUGCCAAGGGAAUACUUGUCAAGGGAGCAGAGGACUCUUUCAAACCCCAAUAUACCCACUAAAUUCUUCUACACUGAGGAUCCGACCAGAUACCCUGUCCACCCCUCUGCUAGAGCGUACUAUCAGGAUGAUAAUUCAAGCCUCACCAGCCAAGGCAGUACUCUUAAUGGUCAGUAUAUGCAUGAUCCACGGACUCGCUGGGUUCACACUGACCCAGUCCGGCCAUAUUACACAGAGCAACACAUGUCCAGCAGAGACCCUGUGCAGGCUGUCUAUACCAGGCCUUACUCCACAAGCGAGGUAGGGCCAUACUUUGCUCAAACACAACAGGCAAGAGCAUACUAUGGGGAAGAACCCAGGGGCUAUCCCUGUCAGUCUAAUGGCUCCAGGAUGUUAUACAGCAAGCCGUACAACCCCCAAGCAGAACAGUAUAUUCCUUACAGGGCGUAUCACACGGAGGGCCGUCGACGUACACAAAUGUCCCAGGCCUAUGCAGAUGACUGGUAUCGUUCAAGUAUAUCUGGAUACUCCAACCAGUCCUCUCAGCUGACACCACAGAGAGUAAGACAAGAGCCAGUAAUGUCCCCCUGGUUUGAAAACAGUCAUGUGGAGCCAACCAGCCUGGGAGCAGAAGUCAGAAAACACUCAAAGUCCUGGGACAAUAUUCUUUAUCCUCGUCAUGACAGGGAGCAAGCAGUGCCGUGUGGACGCAGCUAUGAUAAUCUGUUAUACCAGGGGAGACAUGCUCUGUUUCCUAAUGAUACACCAAAGCCAGUUAUACUCAAUCUAUCUAGUUCACCAAGGCGCUAUGCUGCCCUGUCCCUCUCUGAAAACUCCUUAGAGAAAGGUCCAAACAAUCCUGGAAGGAACACUAAGGCUGGGCUAUGGUUUGUAACUCCUGAGAUCACGAUAACCGACAAUGACAUACGCGCACGCAACCACAAACAGCAAGAUGUGCGUUCAGCCACCUGGGAUGCACUGGAUUGUGAAAAGGUGCCAACUCUAAAUGUUCUUCAUCAUCAAGAGCAGCCAUCUGAGUCAGCGGAACUGACCAAAGACAGACAACACAAAGAUUAUUCCCUGCAGCAGAGCCUAGAGCAACUGGACGAGCUGCUAGCUGAUCUUGUCACUGAUUACAAACCCUCAACCAGCAGGCGGCCUAGUCAGGAUCUAAUGGACCAACUAAAACAGUUGAUUAGUGAGGAUGAUGAAAAAGGAAAGCUAAUAUCUUCAGGCCUAGAGAGUCUAGGAGGCCUAGAGAGUCUAGGAACUCUGAGCUCACCAAUCGCCUCCACUAAAACCAGCCCUGACACCAUCAAAGACCCAGACAGUGGGUGUGAUGGCUUACAGAGCAUACAAAGGAGUCCAGAGGAGAUCUCCCCAGACCACAGCACAGACGACGAUGACACCAUGAUGUGUGCCAACAAGAAGUGCAAGCGGACAGAGACCCUGUUCAAUGCCUGUCUUUACUUCAAAUCCUGUCAUAGUUGCUACACCUUCUACUGCUCCCGGAACUGCCGUCGGGAUGACUGGGACAGCCAUAAAGAGAACUGUCUAUAUGGGCGUAUCAGUAGUGUGUGCAGGCACAUGCUGAAGUACUGCAGAGAGAACUCUGAGAUCCAUAAAGCCUUCUCUCGCAUUGCCAAAGCUGGCUACCUUUCCAGAGGGAGAGGCAUUCUUUUCCUGGGCUUUGCUAACCCAGGGACUGCUGACAACUUCCUGAAGGAUGGCCUUGAGAGCCUUGUCAUGUCCCCCACAUAUCUGUCUCUAAGAGAGCUGGACAGCUUCAAAGACAACCUGGGGGAUUACUGUAAGGACCUGCAGCAGGCUGGCAAUGAMUAUGACCCCAAUGAAUGUUUUCUCUUGAAUGUAUCCAUAGCUGUUGGUGAACUAGUGCCUAACAGACCCUCACCAAGAGUCCAAACACCAACAGUCCGAAAACAUGCAAAGAUUUCGUUGGCCUCCUCCAGCCCAGAUAAAAAGGUCUUCAGGAAGGAAAGUGACAUGGAGACACUCAUUCUCACCCCGCCACCAGGCACACCUGAUAUUGACAAAGAGGGAAAGGAGGGUAUGAAAGCCAGAGAGAUCUGCUUUAUCAAUAUCCAACGUGAGCUCAGGACCAGGGGAGUCUUCCUGCGUCAUGAGUAUCCCAAAAUAUACCGUCAACUCUGUGAAUUUGUGGAGAGCAACAAGAGAUUCACGCCCACUACCAUUUACCCCAUAGAUAAGAGAACAGGGAAGCAGUUCAUGUGUAUGAUCAUGGCUGCUUCUGAGCCCAGAACGCUAGACUGGGUGGGCACCCCCCAUCUCCUGGAUGAUAUUAUAUAGUACUGACCUGUGCACCUCUGAUGUCACCUAUAUGUACAUGUAUAUACAUAUGAUUUAACAGAUAUUUAUGAUGGAUGUUUGUAGAUACACAUGCAUUUUACAUCAGAAAGUAAGAUUGUUAAAGGGAUACUUCAGGAUUUUGGCAGUGAAGCCCUUUAUCUAUUUCCCCAUUAUCACAUGAACUCGUGGAUACUAUUUUAUGUCUCUAACUAGCACAAUUACUAACUAGCGUUAGCGCAAUGACUGGAUGUCUAUGGUAACUGCCAGCAAGCUAGUAGAUACCAUAGACUUCCACUCAUCGUGCUAACGCUAGUUAGCAUUGGCUCGCGAAACUACCUCU